AUGGCAUACCGUAAAGAGACCUACUACACAGACCACGACAAACCAGCGAGAGCCAAGAGAACCGAAUACGUGCCAAAACACACCGAGCACCAAUAUAUGCCAAGCUACCAUCUUCCACGAUCUACCGAUCCAGAACGGGGAGUCCGCCGUCGAUCAUCGAAGCACAACCGAACAGCCACAGGCUACAUAAACAGACGUUCCUGCCCGUCCUAUCCGUACAUAACCAAGCGCUCCCACUCGCCAGACCCGGAUUUCAUCGCCCGCCCACCAUCCUAUAGCGACGAGUACAUCCAGCCCUGCGAGCAGCACCACGAUAGCCACGCCUCCCAUCAACCGCGCGACAGCUCCCACGCCGCGCGCUGGAACGUCCAGGCCUUCUCCAGCAAAGAAGCGUUUAUGCGCGCCCACGGCCUGGAAGCACGGGACGACGAGGAUUUGAUGGAGGUGAGACGUUCUGGAGACGGGUCUUAUCGUGCCAAUGCGCAGGGCAGUGAUGUCGAGGACAUAGUGCCUUGUCGAGCUAGCUACGAGCGAGACAGGAGGAGGAAGCACGACUCCGAGCACGAAGCCGGAAGUGAUGUAGUCGGCGAGAAGAGGACGUCUGUGGGCUCAGAUAUAGCGUCCAUCCACAGCAGGCGGAGCUCGUAUUCACCGUCUCACCAACGGCCGAUUCGGAACACAAAAAGGGGAGAGGGGUUUGAUAUACAAGAGCGAAGAGGGAGUAGUGACACUGACAGCGAUUAUGAGGACGGGUAUAUUUCGCUUGAUGAUCACAUUGGUGGCGGGAGUGACUGCGUUUCGAACCGAUCGUUGUCAGAGGAUCGAGGGGAGGGCAGUGACGCGGUGAGUGGGUGUGAGAUGGAGCAGGGAAGUGAUGUCGUAGAUGCGUCAGACGUGGAAGACUUUGACGAGGGCGAAGACUGCAUCCAGGAUACUCACAGUAGCUUUUGUCAAAACGAUGUUUACUACCGAGCGUAA